AUGGAUAACCACCCUGCUAAUCCUGAGUCAAAUACUGAAUUAAACCUUAAGAAGGAUGUUUCUAAAAGUCAGGACGAUAAACACCAGCAUGUAGAGGCUUCAGUUGGACAUCUUACCUCUGAAUUUGUACAUUUAGACCAAAAUUUAAUGAUGAAAACAUCUAGAUCAGUCGAUUCAAAAAAUGAGAUGAAUAGGAUCGAUAAGAAAAGCCUGACAGAGCAGAAUAUUGAGUCUGGAGAGAUAGUUCCUCUCUCACAAGGAAUUCAAUCAACUUGUCUCUCAAAUCAGAGCAAUCUGAGUGACAAUGAAGGAGAAGAGACAAGCCAAACUGCUAUGAAGAAGGCAGGAUCAACCUCAAUAAACUCAGACACAUUUAGUUAUGACUUGUCUCCAUGGAAAAAGGAUUUCAAAUCUAUCGAGAUUAAACCAAUCAGGAAUUUGCUUCCUGAGUUUGAGACUUCCUCUCUUAGCAGUCAGUAUAGAAGCAAUGGAGCCACUUUAAGCAAGAAUUGCUCCCCAUGAGUUGGUGGCAUGACUGGAUCUUCUCAAUCUAAUUCAUCAGUAAAACCAUCAAACCUCAAAGGACUUAUCCGGGAGUUUAAGAAAUAUUUUAUCAAAGAUUUCAGAUCUUUUGAAAAAGAGAGAACAUGUCCAAAACCGGUAAAUAACUUACCAUUUUGUAAAGCAUUACAAAACUAUCUCGAAGUGAAGAUGAAGGGGAUGCUAGCCGCCGACUCGAGCCAUGCUAGCCAGGGUAGAUGUAGCAUGCAUUACUCCUUAGGGCUGUUGAUAAAUCCAAAAUUUGUUCUCUCAUGUACACACUCCGAUAAUUCAUGAACAGCAGGCCAGAAUGAAUGAAAAAUCCUUAUCCAAGACCUGCUAUUAAAAUGAACUAUCAACAGGAUAGGUGAAUAUUUCAAAUGUGAUAAUACCAAGGCUUUGUUCCUCCACUUCUGAGAGAAAAAUGCUCAAUGCCUCUCGAAGUACGGAGCAGAAGAUUCUCUUGUAAGAAGUCUCUUCUAAAACACUGCUAUAAGCAACUAAUUCAUCUUUUUAUAAAUAUUACUUCAAAUAACUUCAUCAAUGGGCCUUCUAAACUCUUAGUUUACCACUUUAGGCUAUAGUUUUUACUGUUUUGGAAAAUAGCUCUGUACAGUUCUUCUAAAAGACAGAACGAAUCAUCUGUCUUUUCUCUAUUUCUUCCCUUUUAAGCUUGCUGCUAUCAAAUGGUUGGGCUUUCAAAGUAAUCUUAAGCCAUUAGGCUUCCAUUUUAAGACCUCUUGAUGCGUAUUCCUAGAUCUACUUUCAUUAAGUUUGCAUACAUUUCUGUGCCUUGAGUUUUCCCAUGCUAAAAUAAUUUUAUAAAAUUAUUAUGGAGGACUUAUUCUGAAAAAUAUUCAAAUUCUUUAGUCUAAAAGCUACUACUUUGGUUUAUAAUGACUGCUAGAUUUGCUACAGCCUUUUGAGUAGACCAGGCUAACCAAUGAUGUCAAUGUUAAGGAUUAUAAUCAUGAAAAGAGGAGGAGGUAUCGGCAAUCUUCUCAAUUGGAUAUUUACUAGCUUUUUUUGCAAAUCUGACAGACUUGGGGAUGACAAGACUAGGUAGAUCGCUAAACUCAUUCCAUUUUGAUAGAUAUGUUGACUCUUUGAGGUACAUAUCACCAUUCAAUAUCAAUCUAUCUUUGAGAAAAGGGAAUAUUUUCAAAAAUAUCCACAAUUUUAAAUAGAAGAAAAUUGUCAUAAACUAUCAUUAGGGCUCUCUAACUAUCUAUGAAGACCAGGAUAUAAUUAUAAGAAUUCUUUCAGCGCUUUCAAUAAGUCCUCAGUCGGAUUUUUUGUGAAUAUUUUUGACCAGAAUUGGGAGCAUUCUCUCGAACCUCAUCCAUGAGGCCUCUUUGUUGAUCCAUUUGAUAAAAGUACUUAAAAUUGGAGCUACUCGGCUAAAUACUCUAACUCCUACUAGUUUUGGAGUGUUCUUGGUCUGAAUAGUAGCACUCAGUCAUGGUUGUCCAUUCAUAUUUUAUUUGUUAAUGCUAGAAGCCAUCUAAAAGCUCUGUUAAGAGCAGGAACAUAACGUUAAACAAGAUAGAUCUCUUCAAGCAAGUACUGUAUAUAAAUCUAGAGGAAAAGUAAGUUGAAGAAAGCACCUGAAGUACCCUAAAAUAGGAAUUUGGUUGCUCUGAGUUGGUGUAUAUCAUUAAAUCUUUAAUAGUAUUAUCAUGAAUUUGAUUGUUUGAUUAUUUGUAAUGAGAUAAAGAUCCAUACGGCCUUUCUUACACACACCAAUUUAAGCAUCACUAUUUUUGGAUUUUAUAUCAAAAUUUGGCUAACCUGGGAAUUAGACCCUGAUAAACAGAGGGAGAAAAAUACCUCUAGGAGUAGUCUCUGUAAGGAGCCAAGAUCAGGAUACCUGAAGCUGAGAUACACAUCAAUAUAGAAUAAGGGUUACUUCUAUCAAUGCAUAUUCACAAUUAAUACAUUGAUCAUGCAAAUUUUGAGGAAGCCUUGCAAACUUUUGAAUUUUCAAAAAACUUUCCUUAACUCUGGGUGUUAAAAGAUCCCUCAAGGCUAUAGUGUUUGCUUUGUGAAUGCUUCUGUGAGAUAAUAUUUGACAUUUUUGGAAUACAGUAAAGAUAUCCAAAUACUCGGCAAUUUUUCACAUCAAAAAAGCCCACCAAAAUUUUGUUGUAAUGAAGUUUUCCUUCUUCUGAAAUAAGCCACAUAGCAUAGAUAUCAAAUCUGAAGGUAAAAGUUACUUGGAGGAAACUCAAUUUCCCGCAUAGCAUAAGAUUUAUCAUCUUUGUACCAAAAUGACUGUAUUUCUCCACGAUCAUGAGGAGGGGUGAUCCUAAUCGGUUUAGCAACUAGUAAGUGUAUCAUUCUAAAGAAC